AUGUCGGCGCCAAAAGACGACAUCAUAGUCACCCAGGUGGACCAGGACGUCCACGGGAAGCCCAUAAACGAGGCAACAGAGACAACAUCGCUGUUGAGCGCAGGCGCUCGCGACGGCGAUAGCUCCUGCGAAGAUACAUGGCCGGGUUAUGCGGAUUUUGAAGGCUUGCCGUGGUGGAGGACUCCCUCUGUCUACUGGCUUCUCGUCCCCUAUGUUCUCUUCACGCUGGCCUUUGGAGGCUCUCUGGUGCCCAAGUUGAACCUAAUUGUCGACCUGGUAUGCCAACGACACUUUGCCGACCAGACGGUGUUGGAUCCGGCAUUCGCCUUCACUCCCGUGAUACUUGGCGCGGACAACCCGCAAUGCCUCAUCCCCGAGGUCAAGAAGCGCGUAUCCAUGUUCACCCUAGCCAUCAACCUGAUCACGGGCAUUCUCUCUGCAAUCACCGCACCGAAGUUGGGCCAGCUUUCGGAUCGUUACGGCCGUCGGAAACUUCUGGCUUUGGCAUCCUGCGGUGGUGUCGUGGCCGAGCUUGUCGUCAUCCUGUGCGCCAACUUCCCCUGGACGUUCCACUACAACUGGCUGCUCUUCGGUGCCGUCGCCGAUGGCAUCACUGGAUCCUUCACCGCAGGCAGCGUCCUCAUCAACUCCUACACCAGUGACUGCACCGCGCCGUCUCAGCGUGGUGUGCGCAUAGGAUAUCUCCACGCCUGCCUCUUCAGCGGGCUCGCCUUCGGUCCCCUCUUGACCGGCUAUCUGGCCGCCUGGACUGGCAACUUACUCUCAGUCUUCUAUGUUACCUUGGGAUGUCACAUUUACUUCAUUAUUUUCGUCGGAUUCAUUGUCCCUGAGUCCCUCACCGUGAAGCGUCAGCUUCGCGCCCGCGAGAAGCAUGACCAAGAGAAGGAGGCCAAGGCAGGAGACGGAGCGUGGUCGACGAUCAAGGCGGCAAACCCCCUGGCCCCGCUCAGGACUCUGUGGCCCACGGGACCCGGCACCUCCUCAAGGCUGCGUCUCAACAUCGCCGCGCUCUCCUUUACCGACAUGAUUCUCCUUGGGUCCGCUAUGAGCGCCGGCACCGUCAUCCUGCUCUACUCCGAGUCCCCCGAGACGUGGGGCUGGGGCACCCUGGAGAGCUCCCGCUUCAUUUCCGCCGUAUCCAUGGUCCGCGUCGUGGCCCUGCUCGUCGUCCUCCCGCUCGUCAACUACAUCUUCCGCGUGCGACCCGCCACCUACCGGAGGAGAGUCUCGGGCGUCUCCAUCGUCGAGGCGAAUAAUGGCGCCGACAGCGUUGACUGCUGGAUCCUCCGCUUCGCCCUGCUCUCGGACGUCACCGGCUCCCUGGGAUACCUAUUCGCGAGAAGCGAGGCCGUGUUCGUGCUAUCCGGCAUGGUCACUGCUUUUGGCGGCCUCGGCAGUGCGACCAUUCAGGCCGCCAUCACGAAGCAUGUGCCCGCGGAUCAAGUCGGGCAGCUGCUGGGCGCCAUCGGCGUCCUGCAUGCUCUCUCGAGGGUGUUGGGCCCGAUCGCCUUCAACACGCUCUACUACUCGACGGUCGGCGUCUUUGAUCAGGCCAUCUUCGUCCUCCUUGCAGCCCUUUUUGGCCUGGCUUUGUUCGCCAGCUUUAUGGUGCGACCGGGUGUGUUCCUCGAGGAGGCUUACGAGCCUAUACCUGCAUCGGCGCCGCAGCCGAGUUCCAAUGCCAGCUCAGAGGCGCUGGAGGUGUUAUUGGAGGAAGAGUUGAUACCCAACAACUAA